AUGGCCUUCCCCUUACAACGAGGCCUCACGCCUCCAGAAAUAGAGUUUCUUUCGGAAAUGGAAAUGGUCACAGUCGUACCUCGACAACGGCUAGAAGAACUCGAGUUGUUAUCUGGUCCCACAGAAAAACUCCUACCUCCACAGCGCGCAACACUCCCUCUCUGGCUCGCAAUCCUCUUGAAACGACAACGACGUGUAAACAUCGUUCCGCCACAUUGGCUCCAUCCCGAAUGUCUACAAAUCAUCCUCCAAUUUGAGACAGAAACGAAAGAAUAUUCAGAUACAUUCUCACCACCACCCAUUCUACCAGGCCAGCGCAGGGCAGCCGAUGAUGGCCGAAGACAACCGGCCGCUCCUCCUCGACCGAAAUACACCCUCGAUGGACAACGAUACUAUCCAACACCGCCAUUCCUGCCGCAAAAUACCGCGUUAACAGCCGCGGAAACACAAGACAUGGAGAGAGAGAUUGCUCUACCAUAUCACUGGCUCGAAGUCGGAAAUAUGCUCCUAGAUGCUGCCAGCGAUGAUCUCACUGAGCCCGACCACGUACGACGCUUAUUAAAAGAUUUAAGAGAAGUGCGAAUGUCAAAAAUGCGGAAACGGGUUGAUUCACUAGAUGCCGCAGCGACGGCUGGAAACGGUGUUUCAUUGACCGGCGUCGGAGCUAUGGAGAUUGGUGAAAUGAGAGGCUUUGUCGCAGGAGUAGUUGAAGGACUACGCAAAAUCGGCGCUUCACGUGAGCAGGCUCGGAGGGAACAACUUGCUGAAGAAGGUUCUGUUCAGGGCUAUACUCAAGAUGAUGAUGAUAUGGAAUUCUAG